AUGUCAGCUGUCAAUGACACCACAUUCAUACAUGCAGGAAUCACCGGAAUACCAGGGCAGGAAUACGUCCAUCUCUGGAUCUCUAUCGCCUUCUGCUUAACAUAUGCUAUUUCAAUAGUAGGGAAUUCAGUCAUUCUGUUCAUGAUAAAAACAGACCCAAGCCUCCAUGAGCCCAUGUACAUUUUCCUUUCCAUGUUGGCUCUCACAGAUCUUGCUAUAUCGGUAGACACCAUGCCAACGACACUGGGCGUAUUCGUGUUUAAGUCCAGGGAGAUCAACCUUGAUUCCUGUUUGGCCCAGCUGUUCUUCAUCCACUCUCUCCAAUGCAUUGAAUCGUCUGUGCUCUUGUUGAUGGCCUUAGACCGUGUCAUCGCGAUCCGUAACCCACUGAGAUAUGCUUCCAUCUUAACCCCGCCGAGAAUAGCCAAGAUGGGACUUGUCUCUGUGCUGAGAGGGGUGACUGUAAUAUUUCCACUCCCCUUUCUCCUGCAACGGUUCCAAUACUGUCGAGUUAGUCCCCUUACCCAUUCCGCCUGCCUGCACCAGGAGAUCAUGAAGUUGGCUUGUUCAGAUAUCACAGUCAACAGUGUCUAUGGCCUUUUUACUAAACUCUUAACAAUUGGAUUGGACUGGCUGCUCAUCUUCCUCUCUUAUGUGAUGAUCCUCAAAAUGGUGCUGAGCAUCGCAUCCCAUGUGGAAAGCCUCCGGGCUCUGAAUACCUGCUUCUCUCACCUCUGCGCUGUCCUGCUCUUCUAUGUACCAGAGAUUGGCCUGUCUGUGAUAAACAGAUUUGCAAAUAGCUCUUCUCCCUUGUUUCAGAUUUUCCUUGGAUACCUCUCUCUGCUGGCUCCAUCCCUGUUGAACCCAAUCGUGUACAGCAUGAAAAGCAAACACCUUCAGGCAAGAAUAUUCAGGAUGUUCAAGUGA